AUGCAAGCAUCCAGCUCACUCAUUUGCGAGUCUGGCAUUGGCAAGCACACCCUGGUCGAUUCGCUGUUCAAGACCAACUUUGAGCACGAUCAGCUUGAUCAGCCCGCCAAGGCUGUCACCCUGACCAGCAACACUUACGAGCUCAACGAGACUGGUGUCGAUCUCCGCCUGAGCGUGACCCAUUCGCGUGGAUUCGGCGACCAGGUCAACAACGCCGAUGGCAUCAAGCCCAUCGUCGACUUUGUCGACGCUCGCUUUGACGAGUUCCUCCAGCAAGAGUUCAAGCCAUCGCGCGACCUCAAGUCCUGGAUUGACACGCGCAUUCACGCUUGCUUGUACCUGCUCACCCCGACCGGCCACUCGAUCAAGUCGAUCGAUCUGCUUGCCCUGAAGGAGCUGUCGACUCGCGUCAACAUCAUCCUUGUCAUUGCCAAGUCGGACACUGUUUCCCGAUCCGAGCUUGACGAGUACAAGCAGCGCAUCUUGAACGAGCUUGACGACAACAACAUCAAGCUGUACAGCUUCCCCACUGACGACAGCGACGAUGUUGCCAAGCUCAACGAGAAGCUCAACGCCGAAGUGCCGUUUGCCGUUGUCGGCUCGCGGACAGAGGCCAACCUCGGCGGCCAGCGCGUUCGCGUUCGUCAGUACCCCUGGGGCAUUGUCGAGGUCGAGAACGAGGCGCACUCGGACUUCCCCAAGCUGCGCGAGAUGCUCAUCCGCACCAACAUGGACGACCUGAUUGGCAAGACCCACCACGGCCACUACGAGCACUUCCGCCAGCAAAACUUUAGCAAGCUCGGUCUUGGCGGCAAUGCCGACUCGACCGUGUCUGAGGCGUACAACAAGAAGCUCGCCGAGCACGAGGCAGAGAAGCAGCGCAUCGAGGAGGCCAUGCGACAGACCUUUGUUGCCCGCGUCAAGGACAAGGACACUGAGCUCCAGCGCGCCGGCCUUGAGCUCAACCAGCGAUUUGAAAAGCAGAUGCGUCAAGUCAAGGAGCAACUCAAGGAGUUUGAGGAGCAAGACAAGCGCAUCUCGACCGAGCUCGAGGCCAUCCGAGCGGCAAUGGCUGACCUCAACAAGGACAAGAAGAAGGACAAGAAGACAAAGUAA